AUGGAUCGACGGCCGGUCUAUGAGAGGACUCUUACAGAGUCCCAGCUGCUCGAGCAGCUUCCGAGUGGAAUCUCGACUUUCAUUCGGACUGCAUCGGGGACCCAACACCUCCACGCGCUUGCGCUUGGCGCAUUAAACACCGAAUUUACAGAGAGCAUUUUCAGGCUCUACGAACCGAUUUUUGUCGAUCUUGCAGCUAGAUGGCUUCAAUCGGACUUACAUGCCGACUAUAUUCAUGUAUUAGCGGCUUUCGCGCAGAUUUUGCCAUUUGCGCCGCAUCUGCGGUCGCUCGCCAGUCAAUAUGCCUCUUCACAGACUGGCCUUCUUUCGGCAUUGGCCAUUUCGAAAGAACUUACACUGCUACAACUGGAUAAGUCUAGCAUUCGCACCCUACUCCUCGCCCUUUUCCGACUCCUUUCGUUCGAUCUCGAGACAUUUUCUCCUGUCGUUUCACCGCUCCAACUCCAGUCCCUCUUCCAGUCUCAAGACCGAGUAACACGGUACCUCGCUGUACGAUGCUUCGCCUUAUAUAUGCAUGCAGCCGAUGCGGCUACUGAGAAGAUGGUCCGCGUCAACACCGGGGCUGAUCCCAUUGAAGGAGAAUGGGAAGGCACUCUGAUCGACUACCGCCUGCUGGGAUUGUGGGAGGAACGCCGAUGGGAUAGUCUUGGACGAAUCAUCCAGAAUGAGAGAUCUUCUAGGAAUGAGGCUGAUACUCUGGCGUUGGUCGAGAGGACGAAAGACUCUUUCACACCCAAGACUGCAGAGAUUUGCGGAGUUUUGAUUCCCAGGCUGAAGGAAGUUCCUGUGUACUCGAGCUCCGUUGUGAAGACCCCGACCACGAUUGGGAACUUGCGCCGGAUUGCAGGCUCUCUGCUUGGGUUCAAGCCGAUCAUGUUAGUCGGUUUGCCCAAUUCCGGAAAGACCUCUUUGAUCAAUGAUAUUGCUGCCACGAUGGGCCAGGCUGAAUCUAUGGUCACACUCCACUUGAACGAGCAGACGGACGCAAAGAGUCUUUUGGGAAUGUAUGCAACCUCGUCUGCAUCUGGUUCCUUUUCCUGGCAACCUGGUGUAUUGACCAAGGCUGCACGCGAAGGCCGUUGGGUCUUAAUUGAAGAUCUCGAUCGUGCUCCAUCCGAAGUCAUGGGUCUUAUCCUUCCUAUCAUUGAGAGGGGAGAACUUACUAUUCCUAGCCGGAGAGAGCGAAUCAAGUGCGCAGAGGGCUUCAAAAUUAUUGCUACAAUGAAGUCAUCAUAUAACAUCGCCGGCGAAGAGGUUGCUCACAAUACUUCAAUGCUCGGAAGCAGACUCUGGGAGAGAGUGCAAGUCAAUUCUCUUCCAGUGGACGAAAUGCGGGAUGUUAUCCUGCAAAAGUACUCCUUGCUCGAGUCUCGCGUGCCGACCCUCAUGGAGGUAUACGCAAGAGUUUGCUCUGCUUUCCAUGGGAGCCUUGCAAUCAAGGGCUCUCAAGGCCGUACCCCAGGUUUUCGUGAUUUAAUCAAGCUGUGCAGUCGACUGCACAACCGCUUGCAACGUAUGGGGGUGAAAACCGGCUAUGAACCAACGUCAGAAGGUACCGAGGAUGAAAUAUUCCUGGACAUUGUUGAUGUGUUCUUGAAAUACCUUCCCGAGAGGUCGAUGCAAAGCACUCUUGCCGCCGUCGUUGCUGAGGUGCUUCAAAUCUCACCCCAGCGAGCACAAUUCUGCCUGCACGAGCGUACGCCUUCAUAUACCGAUAAGAACAACAGUCUUGUUCUUGGUAGGGAAACCUGUCAGAAAAUCAAGGUACCGAGUGGAUCGGCAUUGAAGUCGGCGGCAGCAGCCUCUCGCUUUGCUCCUACCAGAGCUGCUCUAUCACUCAUGGAACAAGUUGCAGCUUCUAUACAGAUGGCAGAGCCUGUUCUACUUGUCGGAGAGACUGGUAUCGGAAAGACCACAGUCAUCCAGCAUCUCGCAACUCUGAUGCGCCAGAAGCUUACAGUAGUGAAUUUGUCACAGCAGAGUGAAAGCACUGAUCUGCUAGGUGGCUUCAAGCCUGUUAAUAUUCGUACCAUGGCUGUGCCCAUGCUGGACGAGUUCACUCAACUGUUUGAGCUGACUUUCUCCGCCAAGAAGAACCAGAAGUUCUUGUCUUCAGUUUCGAAAAGCGUUGCAAGUUCGAAUUGGGUACGGUUGGUGACCCUGUGGCACGAGGCCGUUCGCCUUGCCAAUGGUGUCUUCCACCCUCCCACUUCCAAUGCUGAUAGUGACGAGCAACCAACCAAGAAGCGCAAGCUGGAUUCUCCCAAGUAUCAGCAUCUACGACAAAGAUGGGAGAGCUUCACUACUCAGCUUGGAGAUUUCGAAGCGCAAGUAUCACAAGGCGAUGCCAAAUUUGCCUUUGCCUUCGUCCAAGGUAAGAUCGUGAGGGCUCUGCGAAAUGGCGAAUGGGUUCUGCUGGAUGAAGUUAACUUGGCUUCUCCCGACACCCUUGAAAAUAUUGCCAGUCUUUUGCACCAUGGUAGCGAAGGAUCUCCAUCCGUUCUCCUUUCCGAGGCUGGUGAUGUUGAGCGGGUUUUCGGUCAUCCUGAAUUCCGUAUCUUUGGUGCAAUGAACCCUGCAACCGAUGCCGGAAAACGCGAUUUGCCCCCCGGCCUGCGCUCUCGCUUUACCGAAUUCUAUGUGCAUUCGCCCGAUACUGAUUUGGACGAUUUGUUGGCUUUGAUCCAGAAGUACCUCGGAGAUUUGACAAUCAGUGAUCAGAGAGCUGUUCCAGACCUCGCAACAUUGUACAUGGUGACCAAGCAGCUCAGCAACCAGAACAAGCUCACCGAUGGAGCUGGACAGAGGCCCCAUUUCAGUAUUCGUACGCUUGUUCGUGCUCUCAUCUAUGUCAUCGACCACGCACACGUCUACGGGCUACGCAGGGCCAUGUUUGAAGGAUUCAGCAUGAGUUUCCUGACUGUACUCAGCUUGGCCUCCGAGCAAGCCCUAGUUCCUCUCCUUGAAACCCACAUCUUCGGCAACGCAAAGAACGCCAAAUCUCUCCUUGGACAAACCCCUCGCCCACCGACAGACGGGAAUGAGUAUGUCCAAUUCAAGCAUUACUGGAUGCGCCGCGGUCCCAUGAUUCCCGAGGAGCAACCGCACUAUAUUAUCACUCCAUUCAUUGAGAAGAACCUCAAGAACUUGGUCCGAGCUAGCUCCACCCGCCGAUUCCCAGUUCUACUCCAAGGUCCGACAUCAGCCGGUAAGACGAGUAUGAUCGAGUACCUUGCUAAGGUGUCUGGAAACAAAUUCGUGCGAAUCAACAACCACGAGCACACGGACUUGCAGGAAUAUUUGGGAUCUUAUAUCUCCACGGAUGACGGAAGUCUAAAGUACCAAGAGGGUGUUCUGGUUGAGGCUCUGCGGAACGGUUAUUGGAUUGUGCUCGAUGAGCUUAAUCUGGCACCUUCUGAUGUUCUUGAGGCUCUCAACCGACUUCUAGAUGACAACCGUGAGCUUUUCAUCCCUGAGACUCAAGAAGUCGUUCACCCCCAUCCGAACUUCAUGCUCUUCGCCACUCAGAACCCUGCUGGUCUAUAUGGUGGACGAAAGGUCCUGUCUCGCGCUUUCCGUAACCGUUUCUUGGAGCUUCACUUCGAUGACAUCCCGGAAAGCGAACUCGAAUUUAUUUUGAAGGAACGGUCUCAAAUUGCCCCCUCGUUCUGCACACGCAUUGUCGCCGUCUACCGCAAGCUGUCAUUGUUGCGUCAGUCUAACAGACUGUUUGAACAGAAAAACAGUUUUGCUACUCUGCGUGACCUUUUCCGAUGGGCCCUUCGUGACGCAGACGAUCGUGAGCAGUUGGCAGUCAACGGUUAUAUGCUGCUUGGUGAGCGUGUUCGCAACCCCCAAGAAAAGGCUGCUGUCAAGGCUGUGAUCGAGGAGGUUAUGAAGGUGAAAUUAGACGAGGACACUCUUUAUGGCUCCGCGGAGUUUGAAAAGACCCUUCCUCAGAUGAACGAGCUCCCCACCGGUAUCGUGUGGACUAAGGCUAUGCGUCGUCUUUUCAUUUUGGUAUCCAAGGCCCUCCGGAAUAACGAGCCCAUCCUGCUUGUUGGUGAAACCGGAUGUGGUAAGACACAGCUUUGCCAGGCCGUUGCUGAGGCUUUCCGAAGAGAGCUUUUCAUUGUGAACGCCCACGUCAACUUGGAAACUGGUGAUUUGAUCGGAGCUCAAAGACCUAUUCGAAACCGGGCAGCGAUUGAAAAGCAGCUCUUUGGUGAUCUCCAAACACUUCUUCACGGCCAAGCAACUGGCGCUUCGUUGGAUGAACUGAAGCACGAGUUCUUGGCAUUGGAUGCAGAGCAGCGACAAAGCAAGGACCAAGCUCUCAUCCAGAAGAUUGAGAGAAAUGCUGCUCGUUGCAAUGCCUUGUUUGAAUGGUCCGACGGAAGUCUUAUCACUGCCAUGAAAACCGGUCAAUUCUUCCUACUUGAUGAAAUUUCUCUGGCAGACGACUCCGUUCUUGAGAGACUCAACAGUGUUCUGGAACCUGCUCGGUCCAUCCUUCUGGCCGAGAAAGGCCCAGUCGACUCGAUGGUUAUUGCCGAUGGUGGCUUCCAGUUCAUGUCCACCAUGAAUCCUGGUGGUGACUAUGGAAAGCGUGAGCUUUCUGCAGCUCUUCGUAACCGUAUGACUGAGAUCUGGGCCCCUCAGCUGUCAGAGGAUGAUGACAUCUUGCCAAUCCUCCAGAUGAGACUGAAUGUGAAGUCAGAGGAAGUGGCUCGAGCUAUGCUACAAUUUGCAAAGUGGUUCAAAAUGACUUUCCAGAAUACCUCGACCACCUCGCUCUCAAUUCGUGAUCUUCUCGCCUGGGUUGAUUUCGUCAACACCUGCCAAAGCACCGAUACUCAUUUUGCAAUUAUUCAGGGUGCUGCGAUGGUUUUCGUUGACACUCUGGGUGCUAACCCAGCUGCAAUGCUCGCCAUCUCUCUCAAUAACCUCGAUGGAAACCGCAAGUCUUGUCUUAACAAGCUCAGUGAAUUGUUCAACACAGAUGCUUCCAAAAUCUACUGGGAACAGUCGAACGUCUCCGUCGAACCAGGUGCUUUGCGCAUUGGACCCUUCUCCCUCCCUACAGCUGGCGAUGCCGACCCAGAUCCUCAGUUCACAAUGGACGCUCCUACUACCAUUGCCAACUCCGUAAGAAUUGCUCGCGGCCUGCAGUCCUCGAAACCAAUCCUCAUGGAAGGAAGCCCGGGUGUGGGUAAGACCACGCUCGUCACAGCCCUGGCCAGAGCCCUUGGAAAACCUCUCACUCGAAUCAACCUUUCAGAACAAACAGAUCUUACCGACCUUUUUGGUUCCGAUGUUCCAGUAGAAGGAGGAGAUGUUGGACAAUUUACCUGGCGUGACGCACCUUUCCUACGAGCAAUGCAGCGAGGUGACUGGGUUCUGUUGGAUGAGAUGAACCUUGCCUCGCAGUCCGUCCUCGAAGGUCUCAACUCUUGUUUGGAUCAUCGUCAACAAGUUUAUAUUGCUGAACUUGAUCAAACAUUCAAGAGACACCCUGAUUUCGUCCUAUUUGCUGCCCAGAAUCCCCACCACCAGGGUGGCGGUAGAAAAGGUCUUCCUGCAUCUUUUGUCAACCGUUUUACAGUUGUCUACGCAGACAGCUUCACCGACGAUGACCUCAAGACAAUUUGCUCUAGGCUUUUCCCUGGCAGCCCUUCUGUACAGACCGAGAGACUUGUUGAUUUCAUCUCUCUUCUAAACACAGCCAUCACCCGUGACCGUCGACUGGGUGCUGUUGGCGGACCUUGGGAAGUUAAUCUGCGAGACAUCCAGCGAUGGCUUCAACUUGCCGACCGAGGAAAUCUCCAGAUUCAAACCAAACAUUUCCUUGACAUCGUCAUUAACCAGCGCUUUAGAAGCCAAGAGGAUCGCGCUGUGGUCGCUCAAAUUUAUGACCGUAUUUUCACCGACUGUGAUACUGGUCUUAAGAGUUACUUCCACAACCUCACACCUGAGUACUUGCAGGUUGGUCUUGGAGUUUUGACUCGUGAUCCUCUCCUGCAGCGCUCGGCUGAGCCCAAUAUGCGAAUCCUUCCGAAGGAUCUUCACAUUGUUGAGUCACUCAUUCUGUGCAUUGACAACUCCUGGCCCAGCAUUCUUGUUGGAGCUGCUGGAUGUGGCAAAACUACUCUUAUCAGGAAGCUCGCAGCUGUCAACGGUGCAAACCUUGUCGAGCUCGCUCUGAGCGCUGACACUGAUACUAUGGACCUGAUUGGUGGUUUCGAACAAAUCGACCAUCGGAGGGAGGUGUCAGGCUUCGUGCAUGACAUUGAGAUCUUCUUGCGCAACCAACUGAUUCAAUGCUUCGCUUCAGGCGAGGUUUCUGAUGUUGUGAUUUCUGCUCUCGGAAUUUGCGAGCAUUUCCAAGCCGUUGACAUUUCUCUAGAGCAUGUCAUCUCUUCACUCUCUGCUCUCUGCCAGUCAUCCUCUGAUCCAGCCUACCAGCAGUUCUUGACCAGAGCCCAGAAUCUGCUAAAUGCCAUCGAACAAUCCGAUAAAAUGAAGGUCGGAUUCGAAUGGACAGAAGGUGUUCUCACUCAGGCUGUUCAGCUUGGGCACUGGGUGAUCUUAGACAAUGCCAAUCUUUGCAAUCCCUCCGUCCUUGAUCGACUGAACUCCUUGACAGAGCCCAAUGGUACCCUCAUUCUCAAUGAGCAACGGACCGAGGAUGGCUCCGCCAGAAUCAUAUCGCCUCACCCCAACUUCCGACUGUUCUUGACCAUGGAUCCCCGCAAUGGUGAAUUGUCUCGAGCCAUGCGAAACAGAUGUACUGAGAUCUGUUUCCUGCCAAACGAGCUCCAAGAUAUCAAACCCACUGUCGGCCCAUCCUACACUUGUGAAUCCUUCAUCUACCGUCUUCGCCCUAUCUGGAACAUGGACACGACUUUGCCAUCUACUGCAUUUAAGAAUGCCCUUGAGAUCUGCCUGGAUCACCUUUCACCGGAAGACCUGUCAUAUCUUCAACACUCUCCCCAAAACUUUGAGGCUAUCAACGCUUUAGCGCUCGACAAUAACCAAUCUUCCAAUGUCCUGCAGCGUUAUGGCUCGUUGUUCCACGACAAUAACCAAUGGAAACCACUCGAGAUUUCUCAAGGCGAAAUUGUUCUUGGAGGUGCCAAGCUUGGUAUUCAAGGCAUGUCACAGCCUCUCCACCCACUCACCAAUGAGCCACUUCUCUCGAUUGCAGGAUCUCGCGAUUUCCGAUCAUGUUUGGUCGUCUUGGCCUAUCUUCAGGAGCUGAGACUUGAUAUUCACCGCCUCAGGCAACGUUUGCUUCAGGCUGAUGCCUCUGGCAAAGAAUUGAAGCCCAGCCAAAUGACACGACUGGAGCGAUCAUUGGCAUCUGCGCGAAUCCCUGCAUUGAUGAAAGAUACGACACAGCCUGUGGCGUCGUUCUUGUCUGAUUGUGGCCAGGCAUUGUACGACUACAUCCAGGCAUUGGAUCAGAUCUCCCUUCAAGGACCUGUGAUUAUCGCCGCUCUUAGGGCUGUAACUUCUCUAUGCUGGGACAUAUACAGAGCCACCGAAGUCAGCCAAGUCGACGAAGGCGAGUUCCAAAUCUAUUUGCAGAUGGGCAGGAAGAUUUGUACCUCGCUCGACUCAUCGAUCAUGUUGCAGCCCCUUCAAAUCGCCUUGUCCCAGGCCCUCGAUCGUUUCCAAGAGGGAUGGGCUUUGAUGACAGGUUUGAGCAUGCAAAGAAUGUGGGACGCUUGGAGACAUGUCACCCCAGUUUCUCAAGAAAAGUUGGAUUCGCUCACUGAGCUGGAGUCGACUGUUUUCGAGUUCACCACUUUGGCUCUGCAGACUCGCGUGGAGCUUGCACAACUGAGCCAAGUCCGCGACUCAUUGAUUGAGGCCCAGCGUUUCAUUCUUAUGGAUGGCGCUGAUGGUGACUUACUUGUUCAGGGCAUCAAAGAAACCGUCUCCGAAUUAUCUCGCGCAGUGCGACGUUCUGAGUCGACUGAAUACCCGUACUUCGCCGACGAGUUUGAGGCUCUUUGCCAGUACCAUGAUAUCUCCUCAUUCUUCCAGAACGACGUCAAUGACACUGUAAUUCAGACAGUCAUGCCACUUCUCGCUGGCCGGGCAGCUCGCGCAUUGGAUGCUUCCAACUUCCAGAGCGAUGUGCCAAACAUGCUCCAUAGGGUGACCAUGUUUAGCGGUUCAUCAAGUAAAUCGGAGGCUGCACUUGCCACAGGCGGUGUUUUGUCACUGUCCCUGUUGGAUAGACUAACAGCUGUUGGUGAUACUAAAUUGGGCCAGAUGGAUAUGCUUGAGGCGGAGAAGAAAGCAUUGUCGAAGGCUAUUACCCUGAGCAGUCGACAAAUUGCUACUGAUCAGUCCAUGGACCUCAGACGUAUUCUGGCAAGACUAACUUCGGAGCUGGUUGCCUGUCAUCGCGAGUUCCUCGAACCUCGUUCAGCUGAACAACUUAUUUCGAUCUUGCAGGCAGUUCAAGCGGGGGAUCUUCUCGAUGAACAAACAUCUGUCAAGAUCGAACUUGAUCAAAACUUGGCAAGUGCCCAGUAUCUCAAGACCAUCACGGAACAGGCCCUGCCCAAGCUGCUCUCGUCAUUGAGCAUGGCUCCGUCAAGCAAGCAGGAGAGUAUCCGUAGUACUGGACUCGCAGCGGUACAGCUGGCAGUGAUUCUUCUGCGGCUGUUUGUGCCUGACAAGACAUUUGAUCCUUCGCUUGGUCUCGUUGUUCAACGCAAACGACACUCGCAGCGCCUUGCGGAGUUCACUGCUAAGUCUGCUGCAAUUCUUGCAUUCGAGAAGAACUUCACCAGUCAGAUCUCCAACCUAAGAUCUGAGCUUUUGCAUGAUGAGAUUCGCGACCUAGGCGCUGCUCCGCCUCCUUCACUAGUCAACCGACCACAGCAGUCUCAGUUGAGCCUUCUGCAGGGGGAAUUUGUGAACUUGAUCAAUUCUGUUCUAAACAGAGACCCCGAGCAAAUGAUUCGCUCUGCGGAGCAAUCGUCAACUUCCCAGAUCCAGCUCCUGCGUGAUAACAUCCGACAGCUGAGCAGUCGUCUCAGCACCCAUUACAAUUCUUACAGCGACAUCACGGUGCCUGUCAUUCGUUUCUUGCAACUGCUCGAUCUCGGUCUGUUCCUUGGCUCCAGUCAACCAGAGCAGGCAGGCGAUAUCCCCGAUAUUCAGUCUCUGAGCGAGCGAACGCCCUUCCUUGGUGGCACUCUUCACCCAGUUCUGUCUGGAAAUGGUGGCAAGGUGUCAACGACCCCCAAGCACCAAGUCGAAAUGCGUCUUCAAGAAUUGUCGGCUCUUUGGGCCGCCCAGGAUGCAGAUUCGACGAUUCUUGAUACAAAGGCUGGGCGAUCAACAAUCCUCCUUAUCUUUGCCGACUUCCAUCACCUGUGGAAGAACAAGCUCAAGGAAGAUCAGGAACAGGAAGCCGAGAAGGGAGAGCUAUACCGCUUCAAGGGCUCCUGGGAAGAGGAGGAGGAGGUCAAUGAAGCCGAACUCCAUGCCCUCUUCCCUACCUACGAUGAAGGUUCGGUUCAGGAGACCGAAAUGACCGGCCGCAUUGACCCCAAGGCAAUCUCUCUUCGUCUUGCUUCUCUUCAUGCAAAGAUCGUCUCGAACCAGCGCACAGGAACCGCACUGACUACAUUUGUCAAGCAAUCUGGUCACCUAUUGGGUUCGAUUUGGUCUGACAGCAAGAGCGAUUUCUCGCCCGUCUCCCCUGAAAGUCAUCUUCCUGCUGUCCUCCUGCUUCUGGAUGAUGCGAUCAACGAGGGUGAUGACCGGAAGAAGAACUACAACUUCUAUACCGAUUCUAACCUCGCAGAGGCAAGGAAAUUGGUUGCCCUCGCGCUUUCUGUUCAGGCUCGAUUUGCGCAGAUUCAAAUUGCUUGGCCUGAACAUGCUGUUCUUCAGGACGUCAUUACUUGCUGCAUGGAGAUUCUUCAGUUCAAGCACACAGAGCCUGUUGCCAAGUUCAUGACAAAGGUUGAAAAGCUUCAUUCGUACGUACAUGAGUGGCAGACCGUGGCCAGCAGAGAAUACUCGGCCGUAACCGUUUACGAUGAGAUCACCAGCAUUAUCAUCAGCUGGCGUCGACUUGAAUUGUCAACUUGGGCCAAGCUCUUGGAUCUCGAGAAGGACCGUUGUGAUGACGACGUCAGUGCUUGGUGGUUUAUUGCCUACGAGGCCCUCCUCGGAGCCCCCAUUCAGAUGGCAGAGGCGGGCGAGCAGGACAUGAGCGAGCAUACCCACAGCUUGAUGUCUACCUUGGAACAAUUCUUCAAAUCUACCACUCUCGGCCAAUUUGCUCGUCGCCUGCAGUUGGUUACCAAUUUCCAAGCCUUGCUGGAGGUCUUCACCAAAGACUUCCCUUGUCUCAAGCAGCUUGUUUCCGCCAUGGAGAAUUUCCUCCACCACUACCGACCUUUCCAACCUGGGGUUGACAAGAUUCUGAGCGAAAAGCGUGCCACUCUUGAGAAAGAUAUCAAGGAGCAGAUUCAGUUAGCCAGCUGGAAGGAUAUCAACAUCGUUGCUUUGAGGGAGAGUGCUAAGCGGUCCCACGUCAAGUUGUUUAAGCUGGUUCGCAAGUACCGUGAAGCCCUUGGCCAGCCGGUCCAAUCAAUUCUUGAACAAGGACUUCCCGAGAGCACCGAAGAAGUCAACUCAAUGUCUUCUUCAGAGCCAAUUCGGCCUACUGCAAUCUUCCCCGAGGCGAUGGCAGUCUGCCAAAAGAACCAGGAGCUGUGGUCAAGCAGAGCACUCCGUUUCCAGAAGCCAGACGGAACAGCCGACAACAUGAUGAAGCUUUACUCUGGCAUUCCAUCCGAAUUUGACAUUGCCAAGGACCUCGACAGCUUCAUUGUGUCUGUUAUUGAAAACAUGAACGAGUACAAGACCAAGACACCUAAGGUCUUGACCGAGGACAAUAAGGAUGAUGUCCAGCACCUCAAAUCCCAAAAGCGUCGUCUCUACGCUGAAACUCUCAAGAAACUCUAUGAGAUGGGCGUUAAGCGCAAUGCUGGCACCAGUGUGAUCGAAACUCAAGAAUCUCUCGCACAAAUCCUUGCUACCAGUGCUGCCUUUGAGUCGAACGCCGCAACCUCGACUGCUGUUCAAAGUGCUGACUGGUACUUCCACAGACUUGUGGAUCUCCUGCCCAAGACUCGUCUUGCUUCGCGCAACUAUUCCGAGGAGCUGAGCAACGUCGAAGUUUUCAGAAGUAUGGGAUCGAUUGAGCACCUAAUCUUCACCGUUCGUCGACAGAGAGGUAUCAUUUCGCCUACCCUGACUGGACUGGGCAAGUUGAAGUCUACUCUUGACAAAGUGCAGAACCUGUGGACAGCAUCCUCAGAUUCUCUUUCCAAGGAUAAUGCUUCUACUUCGGAAGAACGAACCAACUUGGCCCGAGUUGUAGCCUGGUUGGCGCCAAUUCUUGGAUUGGCUUCCAUGAUUGUUGGUGUGCAUGCUAAGUUCUCGGGACUUGACGCAUCCGAAAUUGUCCACGCUCUCAACUCUAAGAAGGCUUCCUUCGACACCCUGCGCAAGUGGCACGAGUCCCUUCCCCUUCUUCCUACCGGAGUUGUGUCGAAGGCACACCACGAUGUCACGCUGCAGACACGAACCUCGCUUGAUGAGUUAGAUGCUGAUCUGAAGAAAUGGACGCAGUCUCGUCCCGACCUUGCCUUUGCGUUGGGCCAGGUCACACCUUGGAUCAAGACGAACAUGGCUGCUUUGCCGGAUGCUUCCGAAGAGAAUGAUAGCCUCUCCAUCCAAGUCUUUGACAACAGCCUUCUGACUGCUAUUGACAAGAUGCUGAUUGGUCUUCAGAAGCUCAAGGAUGUUUCUCCUGCUAUCACCUUUGACGGCUUGCUGUCGAGGAGUGAUGAGUUCUUCUCUCGUGCAGUGAAGGCUGUUCAUCUCACCGAAAUUACAUCGUCGUUUGAGAUGGUCCUUGAUCAAUUGAGCCACCUACAAGAUCACUCGGAAGCCGGUCUCUCUAUUGCUGCCGCUUUGGUCACCAGUAUUCUGCCUGUUGCCAACAGAUACUAUCAGAUCUGCCGAGAUCUCGCCGAUCGAUUUGUCGCCGUUCAUCGCGAGAUCUGUAAAACGUCUUACAUUUUGACAAAGACCUUCAACCAGGUCGCCUCCGAGGGCUUCUGUAGUCCUGGUGAAGCCUCCCAAGAACAGGGCAAGGAGGGCAAAAUGGAGAGUGGAACGGGUCUUGGUGAAGGCGAAGGUGCGGAAGACAUCAGCAAGGAUGUUGGUGAUGAUGAAGAUCUCUCCGAGUUGGCCCAGCAGGAGAACAAGAAAGAGGACGGUGACGAUGAGAUGGACGAUUCCGCGGAUGCUGUCAACAUGGAUCAAGAGGAUCUUCAGGGUGACACCGAGGAACGUAAGGAUGGCGAGGAGGAAGAUAAGGAUGAGAGUGGUGAUGAAGGUGACGAUGACAUUGACGAAGAGACCGGCAGCGUCAAUGACCUUGAUGACGCUGCUGUUGAUGAGAAGCUCUGGGAUGGUGGCAACGAUGACCAGCAAAAGGAUACCGAGAACGAAGAAGGCAAGGGCCAGUCAGAGGCCGAGGAGCAGGCUGCCGCCCAGGAGGAGAAAAAGAAGGAUAAGGACGGCGAAAAGGCCGAAGACAAGAAUGGUGAGGACGAAGAGGAGGAAGAAACUGAAGACGAAGAAGCCCCAGAAGAUGAGGGCGAGGCAGUCGGCCGUGAGGAGAUGGAUGUCACUGACCCUCAGGCGGAGGAACAAGAGACCCUUGAACUUCCCGAGGAAAUGCAACUUGACGGUGACGAUGGAAAGGAUGAGGGUGGUGACGAGGAUGACGAAGGAAUGGAUGACCUUGACGAUGAUAUGGGUCCCCUUCCUGAGGAGGAAGGAAAGGCCGAAGAUGGUGACGAUCAUGCUGGAGAAGAAGACGUCGACGCGGCUCCAGAUGAUCAAGCGCCUGGUGAGGAUGAAGAGAUGGGCGAUGAAGAUACCAACGAAGCCGAAGCCGGAGGAGAGGAGGAGGAAGAGGAAGCUGGCGGCGAAGACCCCGAGGAGCCCGAAAAGGACGACUUCCUCGCACAGCGCGAUGAGAAUGAGGCUGCGGGCGACAACGUCGCUCCCAGCGAAGCCGUCACUGGAGGACUUGGAGCCGAGCAAGACCAGAAUGAGGAGAAGGGUGCAUCGGGUGAUGCCCAGCAGGAGAGCGGUUCGAGUGAUCCCACUGCUAAUGUCGACGAGCAGUCGGGCGCCGCUAAGGAUAGUGAGGAGAGCCAGGCCAGCCGAGAGGCCGGUGGAGGCGAAGAGACGAAGCCUAAUGAGCCUCAAAUGCAGGCCUUCAAAAAGCUUGGUGAUAUGCUUGAGGAAUGGCACCGCAGACAAAAGGAGAUUCUGAACCCAUCCCAAGAGGAGGACGACUCUCAGCCUAUGCCUCAAGACACCGAUAUGGCCGAGGCAGACUUCGAGCACCUCAAGGACGACGAUGAUGCUGCUGACACCCAGGCUCUGGGACAAGCCAACGAUGAGCAAGCACAAGCUCUCGACCAGAGCAAGGGCGUCGAGUCCGACAUCAAGCCUGGAGAGAAUGAUAUUCUCCCCGAUGCCGGCGAUGACCAGCAAGAUGCCGUGGACAACCAACUCGAGGAUGAAAUGCAAAUCGACCGUGAAACCGCUCCCACUGAUAGCGAACACGCCGGUGCAUUCAUUCCAGGCGGCCAACAAUCUCAAGACCGUGCGGAGGGAGGACAGGGCGCCGAAGCUUUGAACGAGGAGCUCGAUGAAGUCGACACCCAGCUCGCAGCAAUUCACCUUUCCUCCACGCUUCCGCCGUUGACCCCGCAAGACGAAGCCCGCCGCCUCUGGUCUCACUACGAGUCCGCGACAAACGAUCUCUCACUCUCGCUCACCGAACAACUUCGCCUCAUCCUUGCCCCAACAAUGGCCACCAAGCUCCGCGGAGACUUCCGCACGGGAAAGCGUCUCAACAUCAAGCGCAUCAUUCCUUACAUCGCUUCUCAAUACAAGCGUGACAAGAUCUGGAUGCGCCGCUCUAUUCCUUCCAAGCGAAACUACCAGAUCAUGCUUGCUGUCGACGACAGUAAGUCCAUGCUUGAAAGUGGAAGUGGUCAGCUUGCCUUCGAGACCCUGGCCCUCGUCGCGAAGAGUUUGAGCAUGCUCGAAGCAGGCGACCUCUGUGUACUCGGCUUCGGAAACGAAGACCAUGUUCGCGUUGCUCACGAGUUCGGAAAGCCUUUCUCCUCCGAUGCCGGUUCGCAGGUCUUCCAGCACUUCAGCUACCAGCAAACUGGCACGAACGUGCGCAAGCUAAUCGCCGAUUCGAUUGCGUUGUUCCGCGAGGCACGCUGGAAGCGUUCGCCUGGCUCUGGCUCGGCUGAUCUCUGGCAGCUUCAGCUUAUCAUCUCUGAUGGUAUCUGUGAAGACCAUGAUACUAUUCGUCGUCUUGUUCGACAGGCUCUUGAGGAGCGCAUCAUGAUUGUAUUCAUCAUUGUUGACGCUGUCAAGGGCAGCUCGAUUCUUGAUCUCUCGCAAGCUAGCUUCGAGGCUGAUUCUGCUUCUGGUGGUGAAAUGAAGCUUAAGAUGAAGCGCUAUCUGGAUCACUUCCCCUUCCCUUACUACCUCGUUGUCCGUGAUGUGAGGGAGUUGCCAUCUGUACUGGCUACUGCGCUGAAGCAGUGGUUUGCCGAGGUUGUGGAUGUGUCGUCGUGA